AUGACGCCAAAUAUUACAGACGUCGAAGAAGAAAAACGCCAUUUUUCCAAUGUCGUAGCAACAUUUCACAAGUAUACUCAAUAUUCGGUGUCAAAUAAUAGACGUAGAAGAGAUCUUUAUACUCUUCCAAAGGCUGACCAGGACCUUCUCGCUUCAUUGGGAUACAAAGAAAAAUUAAACCUUGUCGACGAUGCCAUUUUAGCAAAUGCCGCGUUCCUCAACCAGAUCGUCGCUAAUCCAGAGAUAUUCGGGCACGAUAUGGACGAUGAAGACGGCACUGUAGGAUUCCCAGAACCAGUAGGUCACUCGCAUUCACACGAUACAGACCAUGCGCAUGCGCAUUCACAUUCACAUUCACACGGUCCACAUAGCGGCUUCCAUUCUAAGCCGAAACCAUAUAAGCCAUCGGAUUUUGAUAUGGAUAAGUUAAGGAGUACCCUCAAGCAGUUUGUGCGCGAUUGGAGCGAAGAGGGAAAGGAAGAACGAGAGGCGUGCUAUGGCCCCAUGAAAGACGCGCUGUUGAAGCAUUUCGCUAGCUCCUCGGACGAAGAAAGGAAGAAGCUGCGGGUUCUUAUUCCUGGCGCAGGGUUGGGCCGACUUGCCUAUGACGUCGCCAAGUUAGGCUUCGCAUGUCAAGGCAAUGAAUUCUCUCACUACAUGCUCCUGGCAUCAUUCUUCAUUCUCAACAGAACGGACGAGAUCAAAAAAUACAAAAUAUACCCAUAUGUACACUCGUUCUCUAACGUCUGUUCCCGAUCAACGAUGUUGCGCGCGAUAUCGAUACCUGACGUGCUUCCAUCGGACCUUCCGCCGGGCUCUGACUUCUCUCUCGUCGCAGGAGACUUUGAAGAAAUAUACGGUAACGAAGACGAUGGAGGAGAAGAACCACAUUCGGGACAAUGGAACGCAAUCCUGACGUGUUUUUUUAUUGAUACGGCCAAAAAUAUCGUAAACUACUUGCGUAUCAUCCAUCGUAUUCUAGCUCCAGGAGGGGUGUGGAUAAACCUUGGACCGUUGUUGUGGCAUUUCGAGAACAACAACACUAAUGACCCGUCAGUCGAGCUUGACCUAGAAGAAGUCAAAGCAUUGGCGCGUACCAUUGGAUUCGAACUCAGAAACGAGAGCACUGUCGACACGACGUACACGAACAAUUCCGAAGGAAUGCUGGGCUACGUGUAUCAUGCCGCAUUCUGGACUGCCACGAAGAUAAAGGCGGAAUAA